GGUGAACAACUGUGUAGGAUUCUCCAACUACAAGUUUUUUCUUCUCUUCUUGGCUUACUCUCUACUGUAUUGCCUUUUCAUUGCUGCAACGGAUUUACAGUAUUUUAUCAAGUUUUGGACAAAUGGCCUUCCCGAUACUCAAGCCAAGUUCCACAUCAUGUUUUUAUUCUUUGCUGCGGCGAUGUUUUCGGUCAGUCUGUCUUCUCUCUUCGGGUAUCAUUGUUGGCUUGUCAGCAAGAAUAAGUCUACGUUAGAGGUAUUCAGAGCUCCCAUAUUUCGUCAUAGAACAGACAAGAACGGCUUUAGCUUAGGCUUCAGCAAAAACCUAAGGCAGGUGUUUGGCGAUGAGAAGAAAUACUGGUUGCUGCCUGUGUUUUCAAGUCUAGGGGAUGGUUGCUCCUUCCCAACUUGCCUUGUUAAUCAGGAUCCUGAGCAAGCUUCCACACCUGGUGGUCUUAAUUCAACAUCCAAAAGUGAGAACCACCUGUUUCCUGCAAAGCCCUUGCGUGAUUCCCAGAGCCACCUUCUCACAGAUACACCGUCUUGGUCAGAAACUACUGCAAAAGCUGAAAAGGGCAAAGUUGGUAUGAGCAAUCCUGCAUUAACCAUGGAAAAUGAAACCUAAUUUCCCUUAAAAGAAACAUCUGAAUAUAUAAGGAAAGGU